CAGGGCGGGGAGGGUCGAGCCGGGCAGGUGGGUCAGGCCGGCACAGCCCCAUGGAGAGGGGGAAGAUGGCGGAGCUGGAGAGCCUGGAGACGGCGGCGGAGCAUGAGCGGAUCCUGCGGGAGAUCGAGAGCACGGACACGGCCUGCAUCGGCCCCACGCUCAGGUCUGUCUACGAUGGAGAAGAACACGGACGCUUCAUGGAGAAACUGGAGGCAAGAAUCAGGAACCACGAUCGUGAGAUUGAGAAAAUGUGCAACUUCCAUUACCAGGGCUUUGUGGACUCCAUCACAGAGCUGCUGAAAGUUAGAGGAGAAGCUCAAAAACUGAAGAAUCAAGUGACGGACACCAACCGCAAGCUGCAGAAUGAAGGGAAAGAACUGAUAAUAGCAAUGGAAGAGCUGAAGCAAUGCCGGUUGCAGCAGAGAAACAUUUCGGCGACGGUCGAUAAGCUAACCCUGUGUCUUCCUGUCCUGGAGAUGUACAGCAAGCUGCGGGAGCAAAUGAAAUCAAAAAGACACUACCCUGCGCUGAAGACCCUGGAGCACCUUGAGCACACAUACCUGCCCCAAGUGAGCCACUACCGCUUCUGCAAGAUCAUGGUGGAUAAUAUCCCAAAGCUGAGGGAAGAGAUCAAAGAAGUUUCCAUGUCAGACCUCAAGGACUUCUUGGAGAGCAUCCGCAAGCACUCUGACAAGAUUGGGGAGACAGCCAUGAAACAGGCACAGCAGCAAAGAAACCUGGACAAUAUUGUAUCCCAGCAUCCCAGGAUAAGCGGGGGGAAGAAGUCCAAGAAAGAAGCCUGCGCAAGCUCCGAGCUGGAGGUAAAAAACACUAGCCCCAUGUCUGAGCAAGAUUCGGGUAUCCUGGAUGUUGAAGAUGAGGAUGAGGAUGAAGAGGUGCCUGGAGCCCAGGACCUGGUGGACUUUUCUCCAGUGUACCGAUGCCUACACAUAUACUCUGUGCUGGGUGCCCGUGAAACCUUUGAGAACUACUACAGGAAGCAGAGAAGAAAACAAGCCAGAUUGGUCCUACAGCCUCCUUCAAACAUGCAUGAAACUUUAGAUGGCUACAGGAAGUAUUUUAAUCAAAUUGUAGGGUUUUUUGUAGUGGAAGAUCAUAUCCUCCACACCACGCAGGGCUUGGUGAAUCGAGCCUACAUCGAUGAGCUGUGGGAGAUGGCUCUGUCCAAGACCAUCGCAGCGCUGAGAACACAUUCGUCCUAUUGCUCAGACCCCAGCCUGGUGUUAGACUUGAAGAACCUCAUUGUCCUCUUUGCAGAUACACUCCAGGGAUAUGGCUUCCCAGUGAACCAGCUCUUUGACAUGUUGUUGGAGAUCCAAGACCAAUAUAGUGAAACCCUGCUGAAGAAAUGGUCAGGAGUUUUCAGAAAUAUACUUGACUCAGAUAACUACAGCCCCAUCCCAGUGACAAAUGAAGAGGUUUAUAAGAAAAUAGUUGGGCAGUUCCCAUUCCAGGAUGCAGAACUUGAAAAGCAACCUUUUCCAAAGAAGUUUCCCUUUUCUGAGUUUGUGCCUAAGGUUUACAAUCAGAUUAAGGAGUUCAUCUAUGCCUGCCUGAAGUUCUCGGAAGACCUUCACCUGAGCUCCACUGAAGUUGAUGAUAUGAUUAGAAAAUCUACCAAUCUGCUGCUGACCCGAACGCUGAGCAACUGUUUACAGAACGUCAUCAAGAGGAAGAACGUGGGGCUCACAGAGCUUGUACAGAUUAUUAUAAAUACAACCCACUUGGAGAAAUCCUGCAAGUUCCUAGAGGAAUUCAUCACCAAUAUCACCAAUGUGCUCCCAGAAACUGUCCACACUACAAAACUCUAUGGGACCACAACCUUCAAGGACGCCCGCCACGCUGCUGAGGAGGAGAUUUACACUAACCUGAACCAGAAGAUAGACCAAUUCCUGCAGCUGGCAGACUACGACUGGAUGGCCAUGGAGCCGGGCAGCAAGGCCAGCGACUACCUUGUGGACCUCAUUGGCUUUCUGCGCAGCACCUUCGCUGUGUUCACCCACCUGCCGGGGGAUGUAGAUGUCCACUCUACAAUGUCGGGGAAGGUGGCACAGACUGCUUGCAUGUCGGCAUGCAAACACCUCUCCACCUCGCUGAUGCAGCUGCUGCUGGAAGCUGAAGUGAGGCAGCUGACGCUGGGGGCCUUGCAGCAGUUCAACCUGGACGUGGAGGAGUGCGAACAGUUUGCCAGAUCCGGCCCAGUGCCUGGGUUCCAAGGGGACACGCUGCAGUUGGCCUUCAUCGACUUGAGACAACUCUUAGAUCUCUUCAUCCAGUGGGACUGGUCGACGUAUUUGGCUGACUAUGGGCAACCCACGUGCAAGUAUCUCCGAGUGAACCCAACCACAGCCCUCAUCCUGCUGGAAAAGAUAUCACGAGUGAUGAGGGACACCAGCAGGAAAAACAACGUCUUUGCCCAGUUUCGGAAGAACGAGAGGGACAAGCAGAAGCUGAUAGACACCGUGGCCAAGCAGCUCCGCAGCCUGAUCAACAGCCAUCACUCGUGAAGGGACUCGGGGACCUCCUGCCCGCGCCGCUCCCCGCACCGCAGCCUUCCGUAUGCCUGGACUUGGGAUUCUUGUUCAAAGAGAAUAUCUGUAUUUUUUUAUUCACCUGUAUAGUAAUCAUGAAACCUGCCCCCCAUGACAAAAUGUUCCUGGUUAAACAAUCCCUGGGGAAGACAGGGGACUGCUCAUGAAGGUGGUGUCAGGAGGCUCCUCUUAUAAGCUCCGAUUUUCAGGGGUUUAUAAAGCAGUGGUAAAUCCUGAAGCCUGAGAAAGGAGUUCACCCCCAGACUAUUUUCUUUUAUGUUUUUGGUUUAUAGGCCAAAUGGGGAGAAUAGGUCUGACUUCCCUUGGUUAACUUGCAGAACAAAUGGAAACAAGAAGUACAAGGAGGGAGUUGUGGUUUCAGGUUCUUCUCAUGGGCUUCUCAAGGAGCACACACUUAGAAAGAAGAGUCACCCCUGCGACUGUCCUGCCAGCUUGGGUUUUGAAUUUAGGUAGGAAAGGAAAAGAAGCCAACUGAUUUCCCAGCUUUCCUUCUCUUUUUUCCUGGAAAGGAGGCUGCAGGUCACUGGACAUCUGCUGAUGUCUUUUGGAUCUGCACUGAAUGCAGAAGGGCUUUGAGAGCUGCCUUGUCAACUGCAUUUGGAAAGGGAGAGCCAGAAGGGAAUCACCAAAAAUGCAAAGGUGUUCUGUGCUGCUGGUUGCUGGGUUGCUGCCACUGGCAUACAGUAUAGUCAGCAGACAAGAAAGGAUGCUCAGCAGGGAUGGUGCAAAU